GACUCAUCGCCCAACGAUCAUCACGCUUGCAUACGUCCAUCGUCCUUCAGAUCCUCAACACGCAGAUACUCGGCGCAUCCUUCUUCGCCGGUCGCGUACUCACGCAUGACAACCCUGCCCCGACUCAUUGGGCAAGCGAGUUCAGCGCACUCAACCCCAUGGUUGAGUGCACUGGCGAGUGCGAUCAAGGGGCUGAUCUCAAGUGCUCGCCGAUUCCAGCAGCGCAACAGAGUUCGUGCAGCAAGACCCGAAUACCCUCUUAGAUCACAAUGUUUCCAAGAGAUCCUGGCCCUGAGCGAUCUGUAAAUUAUACGAUCGAUGUCUGGCUCUGGCAUGGCUGCACACGAGUGCACCAAGGAGAACUUGAAGCAGAGGCGCCAGGCGACACAUGACAACACAAUUCUUGCGCCCUUCGAUAUUCGAGACGAUGUCACAGAAGAAUUUAUCUUGGAUUUGAUCAACCGUGAUCUCGUGCCGGCAGAGGAGCUGGAACUGCUUCGCAGUUCUGCUCUGACCGCCAGCAUCGACAAUGCUGAAGCUCUGAUAGAAUGCGCCAAGUCCAUGCAUCGGGGUCAGGUACCUCAGCCCGGCCCUGGACUCAGUGUAGGCAUACUGGAUGAUGUUGGGCGACUCCUCAGCUGUGUUCCAGAUGCGGAAGGAGUCAACGUUACCGUAUCGUGGUAUCAGACUGACCAGGUGAUUGCUCUUGCGCGCCAGCAGCAAGACAAUGUUCGGAUUACACAAUCGGCAGCUUCUACAACUCCUACCAAGCCUUCGUGUGAGACCAAAAAGCGCAAGGUAAAGCCUUCUCCCAAAACUACGUCUCAUUAUUGGGUCAUGCAAGAUAGCAAUGACGCUCUCCCGGCGCAGGACACGUGUGAUCCCGGGCGCGUUGGGGAAGAUGCAGCCAUGCAGUAUAUUCCUGCUGCGUCACCUCCGAAUAUUCAAACUCCUCAGAGUUGUCAGCCAGACAGAAGCCUGUCUGAUCUUGCUCGUGAAGUAGGGGGCUGGUACAGCGAUCCGGAGCUCUCCCGUACCAUCGAGCGGUGCAUUGUCGACCCUCUGGAGGUCGCCAGCCGGUUUGAUUACAAGCCAGUCGCCGCAGGGCCUGGAUCCAGCUCGCCAUACUUUAUUGACGCGAACGCGAAAGCAACGACAACCCGUCCACCACCGGGCACGAUAUCUUGCGUCCCAUUCCCUCCACUCGACAGCCCCGCCUUCGGUCUCGUCCAGGAGAAGGUGGCUCAUGAGCCUUUCUGGCUUCUAGUCGCCAUCACAUUUCUAAUCCGUACCAAAGGCUCCGCAGCUAUUCCCGUCUUCUGGGCUCUAAAGGAACGGUUCCCUUUGCCUAGCUUGAUUGCCGACCCUGCCAAUGAGACUGAGAUCAUUGGCAUGAUUCGUCACCUGGGCCUGGCCAUGAAUCGACUGAGGUACUUUCAAAAAUAUGCACGACUUUUCAUGGACAACCCACCGCGAGCUGGCCAAGUGUACCGGGUCCGAAAGUACGAUCGAAGAGACAUUGACGCCGGCCAGCUGGAGACAGGCCUUUAUGAGCGACCAAGAACCACAGCCGGCAUGCUCACGCCGCGCGCUGACCCUGCAGACGAUGCUGAAGCUUGGGAAAUUGGACACAUGACACAGGGUAAAUAUGCCCUUGACAGCUGGCGCAUUUUCUGCCGCGAUGUCCUGCUUGGUCGCGCACAGGGCUGGAAUGGCGAGGGCGCGGCACCUGAAUUCCAACCAGAGUGGAUGCGCGUCAGGCCCGACGACAAGGAGCUGCGUGCUUGUUUGCGAUGGAUGUGGAUGCGUGAGGGCUUCGAGUGGGAUCCUGUCACGGGCGACCGAACUGUACUCCGUGGUGAGUUGCUACGAGCCGUGAACGAGCGACGGGUCGAGUACGACGACUCGGGCGGGUUGCGGAUCGUCCAUGAGCCACGACAGGACGGGGAUGGCCUCGACGCGGCGGCAUGAACUGGGACUCGACGGCUAUCUACGAUUAGGACCCGUCAAGAUAUCGACAUUGCUCCAUUAGAGCACAAGUGUCCAGUCUAUAAGGCUGCAGCUCACGCUGCUGUGUCAAUCCGGAGCCAUCUUCGCCGUAGCAGUCAUAUCCCCCUAAAGUAUCGAGCAUGCUCUUGCUUAACGAAACCCACACGGAAUACCUGGUAGACUUGAGACUUGUUGAGAGAGCCUCCGUCGUCGAGGCGCUUGUGAUGCAGGCUGGUGGAGGUUGACGUAGCUUGAAUGUUAGUGCAAGGCGAUUGAAGACCUUUGGCUGUGGUGCGCGUUCCCACGAUUCAGUGGUAGCCUCGGCAUCGCACUAACAGCUUCGAGACAGCUACUCUGUGCCUGCCAAACAAGGAUGAGGUCCAGGUCAGAAAAGCGGGUCUCUUGGCCCUGCAUCGAGAAUCACGGGAUUCGAUGGACAAAGGACACAG